AUGAAGUGCUUCGAUAAUGAUUCGUCGGCCUUCAUGACCUCUUCCUCCUACCUCAACAACCCAUACAGCUCCUCCCUCGACUCCGCCUCGUCCGCUCGGGUCUGGUCUGCGGCGUCGUCGCAGUCCUCCACCGAUACUUCCCCCAACACCUCUUCCGACUCGGACUCAUGCGACGCGUAUCCUGCCACACGCCGCUCCGUCGCAUGCGACCAAGCACCGCUUGCUAUUCCGGCCGAGUUGCGCCAGAACCCCCGGCGAUCCAACGGCUCCGAUUCCAGAGCACCCCCCGCACUCGUCCGCCAAAGCGACCGCAAAGUCAACUUUGUGGACACACUUGUUGGUAAGCUACCGUCACUGAUCAUGAUCGUCUACGUCCCAUGCUUAGACUUUGUGUCAAUUCCAGAUUCCUCUACACAGAUCGUCGAAGCCAUCUGGCCACUUUCGUCGGUCAUCUGCCACAAUGAUAUCGGCGGCAAGGCCGUUCUGCCCCUGCGCACCUUCAUCCAGGAGACGCUCCGCAGAUCGCGCACCAGCUACUCCACGCUCCAAGUCGCCCUGUACUAUCUCAUCCUGAUCAAGCCCCACGUCCCAAAGCACGAUUUUACCAUGGAACAGCCGGACGACCGUCAUGAGUGUCGUGCUCUUCAAUGCGGCCGCCGCAUGUUUCUCGCUGCUCUGAUUCUCGCCUCCAAGUAUCUUCAAGACCGCAACUAUUCCGCCCGUGCCUGGAGCAAAAUCUCCGGUCUCGCAACAAACGAGAUCAAUCAGAACGAGUUGGCUUUCAUCUUUGCCGUCAACUGGGAGCUUCACAUCACCGAUGACGUUUUCCAGCGCUGGACCGAUAUCGUCCUGAAGUACACGCCUCCAUCCCCGCCACCCCCAGGCUCACCUUCCGGACCUCUCUAUGCCCAGCAGAGCGCCAACUGGAAGAAGGUCAUUCUGCUCCUGAACCCUGGCCUCGACAAUGUCGGCGGACUCUUCCCUGCGGCAUCGCUCAAGCUCAAGUCGCGACAGCAUGCGGUGCCUUCGGGUGGCAACCUGCCUUCUACCCCAUGCGACGCACCGAUCCAAGGCCAAACGGCCACGGGCUCUGCUGAUGCGACCCCGACUCCUCGAUCCUACGUCGCCCCCCACACGAUGGAGCCCGUGCCCGCUUCCACGUAUACGCCUGGCCGCCAUGUCCCUGCGCUUGGUCUCCUGCCCACGCCUCGCAUGACCCCCCAACUGGCUGGACAAAGCACUCCUGCCGUGAGUGCUGCGUCUUGUCUCCUGGGCAGGGGCUCGGCGAUGGGUCUGGCCAUGGCUCAAGCCUCCAACGCCUGCGCAGCUCAGAGCCUCGACAGGUGGCAAGUCCCCGUCACUUCCUCUCCGCACGUUGCUCUCCCCGUCCGCCGCACUUCCUUGGCCAUCUCGGUGUCCACUGCUUCAUCUCCCGAAUCCAUGGUGUCUGAUUCUUCUCGGACCUCACGCUCGUCUUCCAUAUCCUCUGCAUCGUCGCUCGCUAGCGCGCCAGCCCAGAAAAUGGGCGUUUCGGCGCGAUUCCGCAGCGCGAAGCUAAGUUGUGAGAGACUGGGUCCGAGGCCAGCAAUCACAUCUGUUCCGGAGGAUUUUGAAGACAACUACCUGCCGUCCUCGCAGGAGUCCUACAACGGCCCUGUCGGCAAGCUCGAGGGCAUGGCACUGGAGGGUAUGAGCUGCAGUUCGGAAAAUGAUGCUGCCAGGGCUCUGCAGGCACUUCAAGGCUAUCAAUACCCUGCGGUCGCGACGCCCGUCGGAUGCUUGUCGCGCAAGCGAAGCAGGGACCUUCUUGAGAAAUCCUCGCUCCAGGAAAAUGUCCGCGAGAUGCUGGCUCGUUCGGAGCUCACUUGGUCAAACUCACUGAGCAGACCUCAUACGGGCAUGGUCCCUGAGGCAUCGGUGGAACGCGGGUCUCCGAGGAAGCGCGUGUGCUGCGCUACCGAAGCAGCCCGCAGUUCGGUUGCCACGAACUCGUAUUUCGCUCUCGGUGGCUACCGCGGCCCCGGCAUGUGGGAGGGCAUCCUCAACUAA